UAUGUUAUUGGUCUGUGAAUUUUACAAUAACAAACUGCUGAGUGUCAGUAGUAUACAGAUUUUUAGCUAUUUUUUAUUUAGCAUAGAAGCAUUAAAAAUGCUGACACUGUGGAAUUUAUUUGAAGCUACAUUAUUGUGUCUAAACGCAGUCUGCGUUCUGCAUGAAGAAAGGUUUAUGCAAAAAAUGGGUUGGGGUGCAAACACACAAAACCAAGGAUUCGAAGACCAGUCUUCAGUUAAAUUUCAAAUUUUAAAUCUAGUACGGUCAAUACGAACAGUAACAAGAAUUCCAUUAAUUAUUUUAAAUAUUUUAACAAUAAUAUUUAAGUUACUCUUGGGUUGAUGAACGAAUUUUGAAGAAGAAAGGAUUUUUUACUGUAAGUGAAUAAAUAAUCAAAAUGCA